GUUGCAUUCAACAAGGCAGCAUGGGUUCCCUCACUCUGUUGGUUUUGCUGAGCCUGGCAGUUGCUGUUUACUGUUUGCCAGUAUCAGAAAUUACUGCACAAGAUGAAAGCUUUGCAGAUAGCUACCUGAAGAAAUUCUUCAACCUGACAGAGGAAAGCGGGCCAGCUGUCAGACGAGGAGGGAUCAGCCCAGUGAGCAAGAAGCUGGCUGAGAUGCAGAGAUUCUUUGGUCUCCAGAUCACCGGCACCCUGGAUGCUGACACCAUGGCCAUGAUGAAGAAGCCCCGCUGUGGUGUUCCAGACACCAACAUUGCCCGUUAUUCCACAUUUGGAAACAACCUCAAGUGGCAGAAAAACAGCCUUACCUACAGGAUUGAGAACUACACACCUGACAUGUCUGUGGCAGAGGUGGAUGACUCCAUAGAGAAAGCGCUGCAGGUUUGGGCCAAAGUCACUCCUCUGAGGUUCACAAGAAUCUACAGCGGCACAGCUGACAUCAUGAUCUCCUUUGGCCGCCAAGCCCAUGGAGAUUAUUACCCCUUUGAUGGUCCUGAUGGCACUCUUGCUCACGCCUUCGCCCCAGGUCCUAACAUUGGAGGAGAUGCUCAUUUUGAUGAUGAUGAGACCUUCACUUUCCGCUCAAAUACAGGCUACGUCCUGUUCAUGGUAGCUGCCCAUGAGUUCGGCCACUCCCUGGGCUUGUCUCACUCUGAUGAUCCUGGUGCUCUCAUGUACCCUGUGUAUUCAUACAGAAACCCUGACACCUUCGUUCUGCCCCGGGAUGAUGUCAAUGGCAUCCAGUCUCUCUAUGGUCCAAAUCCUGAUAAGAAUCCAUCUACAGCUGAACCUCGACCCCCCACCACCCCUGAUGUCUGUGAUUCAACCAUGGUAUUGGAUGCUGUCACCACCCUGCGAGGAGAGAGGCUCUUCUUCAAAGACAGAUUCCUCUGGCGUAGCUACUCCUCCAGCAGCACUCCUCAGCAAAGUCCCAUCACAAACUUCUGGCCCAGUGCCCCUGUUAACAUCGAUGCCGCUUAUGAGAACCAACGAUCAGACAGACUCUUUCUCUUUAAAGAUCGUAGAGUGUGGGCUUUCAGUGGCUAUACUCCAGUACCGGGCUAUCCUAAAACACUCAAAAGUUUUGGUCUGCCAAGAGGAGUGAGGAAAAUUGAUGCAGCCCUCUACGAUGCACAAUCUGGCAAAACUCUGUUCUUUGUAGGCAAAUAUUACUUCAGUUAUGAUGAUGCCAGAAGGACUAUGGACCAGGGAUUCCCCAGACCUCUUUCUCAGACUUUCUAUGGACUGGCCAGCAGUGUGACGGCUGCUUUCCAGUACAGAGGUUUUACUUACAUCUACAGUGGACCCUACAUUUAUGAGUAUGUGCUGAGGACUGGGAGGUUGCACCGUGUGUUGAGGAACAGCUACUUCUUACCCUGCACUAACUUCUAGUGGUUUCUAGCCACUUAUGUAAAAUGAGAAUGUACAAAUAACAGUAUUAAAAAUAUACAUUUUCAAUUUUGAUUCUAUUUUAAAUAUUAUAUUUUUUAAAUGUUUAUUCAAUCAAGCUCAUGUAGCGCUGUAAACAUACAGUAUUCAAAGAGUAUAUAAAUAAAGUUGCGUUUUAUUUCUCUA